GGGUAUAUACAGAUGGUUGUGGGUUAAUUAAGAGGUGGUGUAUGAUGUGGUGUAUGAGGUGGUGUGUGAGUUGCCCUGUUAUGUGGUGCAUGAGGUGCUGUAUGAUGUGUAUGAGGUGGGGUAUAAAGUCGUCUAUGAUGUGCUGUAUGAGGUGCUGUAUGAGAUGGUGUAUGAUGUGGUGUAUGAUGUGGUGUAUGAGGUGGUGUAUGAUGUGGUGUAUGAGGUGGUGUAUGAUGUGGUGUAUGAGGUGGGGUAUAAAGUCGUCUAUGAGGUGCUGUAUGAGGUGCUGUAUGAGAUGGUGUAUGAGAUGGUGUAUGAGAUGGUGUAUGAUGUGGUGUAUGAGGUGGGGUAUAAAGUCGUCUAUGAUGUGCUGUAUGAGGUGCUGUAUGAGAUGGUGUAUGAGAUGGUGUAUGAGAUGGUGUAUGAGAUGGUGUAUGAUGUGGUGUAUGAUGUGGUGUAUGAGGUGGUGUAUGAUGUGGUGUAUGAGGUGGUGUAUGAUGUGGUGUAUGAGGUGGGGUAUAAAGUCGUCUAUGAGGUGCUGUAUGAGGUGCUGUAUGAGAUGGUGUAUGAGAUGGUGUAUGAGGUGGUGUAUGAUGUGGUGUAUGAGGUGGGGUAUAAAGUCGUCUAUGAUGUGCUGUAUGAGGUGCUGUAUGAGAUGGUGUAUGAGAUGGUGUAUGAGAUGGUGUAUGAGAUGGUGUAUGAGAUGGUGUAUGAGGUGCUGUAUGAUGUGUAUGAGGUGCUGUAUGAGAUGGUGUAUGAGAUGGUGUAUGAGAUGGUGUAUGAGAUGGUGUAUGAGGUGCUGUAUGAUGUGUAUGAGGUGCUGUAUGAGAUGGUGUAUGAUGUGGUGUAUGAGGUGGUGUAUGAUGUGGUGUAUGAGGUGGGGUAUAAAGUCGUCUAUGAGGUGCUGUAUGAGGUGCUGUAUGAGAUGGUGUAUGAUGUGGUGUAUGAGAUGGUGUAUGAUGUGGUGUAUGAGAUGGUGUAUGAGAUGGUGUAUGAGAUGGUGUAUGAGAUGGUGUAUGAGGUGGUGUAUGAUGUGGUCUAUGAGGUGCUGUAUGAGAUGGUGUAUGAGGUGGUGUAUGAGAUGGUGUAUGAGAUGGUGUAUGAGAUGAUGUAUGAUGUGGUCUAUGAGGUUGUGUAUAGUAAUAAUAAUAAUAAUAACCUUUAUUUUAUAAAGCGUCUUUAAAAGCAGCUUCUCAAAGCCCUGAAGUAUGAUGUGGUGUAUGAGGUGGUGUAUGAGGUGCUGUAUGAGGUGGUGUAUGAAGUGGUGUAUGAAGUGGUUUAUAAGCUGGUCUGUGAGGUGGUGUAUGAGGGGGUCUGUGAUGCACUGUAUGAGGUGGUCUAUGGAGUGGUGUAUGGGGUGGUCUGUUAGGUGGUGCAUGAGGUAGUGUAUGUGGUGGUCUGUGAGGUGGUCUAUGAUGUGGUGUAUGAUGUGGUCUAUGGGGUGGUGAAUGAGGUGGUCUGUGAAGUGGUGCGUGAGUUGGUCUGUGAGGUGGUCUGUGAGGUGGUGCAUGAGGUGGUGUGUGAGGUGGUCUAUUAUGUGGUGUAUGAGGUGGUCUUUGAGGUGGUGUAUGAGGUGGUCUAUGGGGUGGUGUAUGAGGUGGUGUAUGAGGUGGUCUGUGAGGUGGUGUAUGAGGUGGUCUAUGGGGUGGUGUAUGAGGUGGUGUAUGAGGUGGUCUGUGAGGUGCUGUAUGAGGUGGUGUAUGAAGUGGUCUAUGAUGUGGUGUAUGAGGUGGUGUAUGAGCUGGUCUAUGAUGUGGUGUAUGAGGUGGUCUAUGAUGUGGUCUAUGACGUGGUGUAUGAGAUGGUGUAUUAGGUGGUGUACGAUAUGAGGUGGUGCAUGAGCUGGUCUAUGAGGUGGUGUAUGGGGUGGUGUAUGAGGUGGUCUAUGAUGUGGUGUAUGAGGUGGUGUAUGAGCUGGUCUAUGAUGUGGUGUAUGAGGUGGUCUAUGAUGUGGUGCAUGAGGUGGUGCAUGAGCUGGUCUAUGAUGUGGUGCAUGAGGUGGUGUAUUAGGUGGCGUAUAAAAUCAGGAAGUUCAGCUCCUGAUUUCGAUCCCUCUGACCUCGGGGUCACGUCCUGAAUCCACUUUCUUUCCUUAUACCGCUCUGCAGCCGGAGGAGCUGACCCUGCUCCUUGU